UCUCUCUCUCUCUCUCUCGCAGUGUAGACGUGUAGGAAAAUGGCAGAGGCCAGUAUUUCAGUUGAUCAGGAUCAGUUCAGCUGUCCAAUCUGUUUGGAUCUAUUGAAGGAUCCAGCAGCUAUUCCAUGUGGACACAGUUUCUGUAUGGUGUGUAUUAAUGACUGCUGGGAUCAGGGUGAUCAGAGGGGAGUCUACAGCUGUCCACUGUGCAGAGAGACUUUCUCUCCAAGACCUGUUCUACGCAGGAACAACAUGCUGGCUGAAGUGGUUGAGAAACUGAAGAAGACUGAAAUCCAACCUGCUUCUCCUGCUCACUGUUAUGCCAGACCUGGAGAUCUGGAGUGUGAUUUCUGCAUUGGGAGAAAAUGCAAAGCCAUGAAGUCUUGUUUGGUGUGCAAGGUUUCUCUUUGUGAAACUCAUCUUAAACCUCAUCUUGAACUUCCUGCUUUGAAGAAGCACAAGCUUGUCAAAUCCUCCACAGAACUACAAGAGAAGAUCUGCUCUCAACACGACAAAGUGAUUGAGAUCUACUGCCGUACUGACCAGAGCUGCAUCUGUUAUUUGUGUACAAUGGAUGAACACAAAGGCCAUGAUACAGUCUCAGCUGCAGCAGAAGUAACCCAGAAACAGACUCAGUUAAAUGAGGUGCGGCGCAAAACCCAGCAGAGAAUCCAGGAGAAAGAGAAAAAGAUCCAGGAGCUGAAGCGGGCUGUGAACACUCUUAAGCGCUCUGCACAGACCGUAGUGAAAGAGAGUGAGAGGAUAUAUACUGAGCUGAUCUGCUCCAUUGAGAAAAUGCGCAAUGAGGUGAAAGAGCUGAUCAGAGCUAAGGAGAGGGCUGAACUGAGUCGAGCUGAAGGACUCCUGGACAAACUGGAGCAGGAGAUUGUUGAUCUUAAGAGGAGAGACACUGAGCUGGAGCACCUCUCUCACACAGAGGAUCCCAUCCAUUUUCUCAAGCAUUUCCAGUCUGUCUGCAAAACAUCUGAGUGUGAAGAGUCACUCAACAUCACUAUGAAUCAAUGCCCUUCCUAUGACGGCGUGAGGAAAUCUCUCUCUCGCCUGAAAACACAACUAGAGAAUUUCUGCAAGGAGGAAUUUAAAAGAAUCCCUUUACAUGGAAAUUCUCCCCAGAGCUCUCUCUUCAAAAUUGAGUUUGAAUGCUCCACAAGAACGCGCUUAUCUGAACAGAUGCCUGGUGUACAUCAUGGAUUCAAGUGCAGCAACUGUCUCAUGAAUCCCAUCCAGGGACCUAGGUUUAAGAGCCAGAGUGCUAACAUGAAUUUAUGUCAGAGAUGCUACCAAAAGAGGAUCAGACUCCCCCUGGAUCUUUUUGAUCGUUUCGAUAAACCAAAUUAUUUCAUUAACCAGAUUAACACAGUUCGGCCAGGAGAUCAGCUUCCUACUGAGAUCCCUGAUGUGUCUGCCCCCAGCACGAAAAGCAAGCAGACAAGAAAAGCAAAAAGCAAAUGGUUUUCAGCUCUUUGCUGUGCUGGAGUGGAGGAGGCAGUGAGACAGGAUCUCAACGUGCCUCCCUGUGGGAGAGGAGGUGGAGUAACUUCAACCUCUGGAACUGAUUCUGCAGUUCUAACUGUAGAACAACGGCAAGGACAAAGGGACAAACUGCCAAGCAGUAUGACAAAGGAGGAUUUUGUGGAAAUCUCUGGAUGGGUCAAAGUAGCUUUAAAGAAGGUUCCAGCUCUUGAGUCCUCAGGAAGAAUCUCAAUCUCCAGCAGCCCUCGUAAAGUGGUGCACGGAGAGAAAAAUGAUUCUUCUAUUCAGGUGAUCUGUAACCAGAGACAUGUUGAGAAAAAGAGCAGCAGUUGUAGCGCCUCUCUUCUUUUAAUGUCCGCUUCUCCACGCAGCAGAACAUCUCAACAAGAGCCUCUCAGCUCCUUCUUUGGCUUCAGAAAGGACAGGAUUUUCAACAGAAUCCAUAGAGAGGUCACCUGGUCCAUAAGGAAAAUGUUACCACCUAAGAUAAUAUAUUAUCUGAGCAGGAAAGCAACUUUCAGCCUCAUGUCUGCUAUUUUGAAUGACUCCCUAAAGCAGAUGAACCUGUCUCUUAUGGAGAUCUAUUCCCAUGCUGAGGGUCUUUUUUUGACUGGACGUUCUACUGAGGAUGUUGCCCAAAACCUGCUGGUUGCGGCUUUGGCCAAGAUGCAGGAUUUUGUGAAGCUCUGCACAUUGUCUGACUGGUUAAGUGGCACUCGAGGUUCUCCCAUCAACAAUCACGAAGAACUGGAGAUGUUGCCCUCUGUCACAACUGCAGCAGUGGGCAACUGCAGCAGUAUGCUGAGUGUCUGCAGUGAGGGAACGUGUGAUUUUAAUGAAUAUGGCUCAGACAGGCCCCUGUGGCACUUCCUACAGUCUGUGUGUGAUAACAUCAACUCUGCCACACCAAGGCAGUCCACUCGUGCUUGUUGCAGUAUGGCAAACGAACAACUUUCCAUUGUUAUUUCCAAGUUAUUUGUCAUAUGAAGGCUCAUCUGAUGAAAGUUUGACCCAGCUGUGCUCCGAAUAUGAAGAGCUUGAUGCUGUGGAAACACCAAGUCAAGUAUCUCUCCAAUUAUCUGUAAAAUACCACAGACCACAGCUGGUCUGCAAAAUCAGGUGUUGCAGUGCGGGAGUAUGUGAAGAAAAAACCUCGUUGUGAAAGGGUCUUGGAGGCAAUCAUUUUUGAUUGUACAAAUGAGGAUCACAUCCGGGGCACAGACACUAAUGAGAUAAAUACACAGGCUCUCUUCAGGAUGUCCUGUGAGGCUUUCCAGCUUGAGGCUUCUAAGAGGGUUAGUGAUAUCAUUAUGAGAGAGACCUCAGAGAUCACCAAAGUAUCAGAUACCAUCAAAACCCAAGACUCAAACUUUAAAAAUUCAUAUAUGAGCACAUCUCAAGUGUCUAAAGCUAAGCUGAAAAGCAGUGCAUUUGCUUCCACAGCAUCAGUGAACUCACUUACGUAUUCAGAUGCACUUUUGAGGAGGAUUUAGACAUGAAGUUAGCUCAUCCUUUUACUGACUCAGAACUACAGAUCCCAAGUUCAACUGGUGUCAGAAAACAUCCUGAGGUCCACCCAGGAUAAACUCAAGAGAUUUUUUGACAAACCUCCUCAUGAGAGCUGAAGCAAACAUGUCAGCCCAAUAUGGUGCCAGCUUGAGGUACAAACUCAUAUCAAGUGUAAAAAACAUAACAAAGAACAUUAUUGAAUGCCUUGUGUCAGUACUACCAUGCUCUGAAGUGCACAGUUCUAGAAGGAUAAUAACCAAAGAAAUCCUGCGAUUUCUGAAUGAGAAUCUGGACAUUUUUUAUCUAGGACAGCUUUUAGCACCAUCUGCAACACAUUUAGAAGCCCUCAGUGAUCUUAUUAUUGUAGAUGUUUUUGAAAGGAUUGCUGAAACAGUGGAAAACAUUGUGGCCCUUAAGGAGUCUGAGUCUUUCUUGAAAGCAAUGGAUAGGAUAGAAACGGAAAAACAAAGUGGGUGUUUCCACAGAGGACCGGACGCUGGAUAAGCGUAUUCCAAAUGGUUUACAAUGUUUGUCUGCUACUCCUGUUUAUGAGCCAUCCCGAUCUUCCAGGGCUAUCCCUAAACCCAACAGAAAGUCAUGGUUUACCAGACUUGCAAUGGCUUUCUCCAAAUACUGUGAAAAAUAAGUAAAAUGCUUACUUAGCUGUUUCUUGAAGUUUAACAUUUGUU